AUGGCCACGGGAGUAGCGCGAUCAGCGGUGUUGCUCCCGCACCGCGUCGGGAGCUGCCCUACGACUUCAAGCUCGCUGUUGGCGACUCUCCCCGGCCUGCGCAAAGCCUCGACGACAUCAACGACCCUACAACAUCCCCUCAUGUCACAGAUCAGGUACUUGAACUCCAAUUCGGUUCAGUCAUUAUCUGUGACGCGAUCUGCCGCUACUCCUUGUUUUGCGCGACGACAACCAACUCCAUUCCUUCAAAAGCCUCAACUGCCCGGGCCGAUUGCCGUCCUGCGUUAUUUCUCGACCGGAUUUCCCAGAAAACAAGAUUCAAAACCUAUUGCACGAUCACAGACGGCUCAUGAGAAGGAGAAGAAUUUGAAGCAGGUCGAGCCGGCUAUCCAGGAUGAUGAACAACUUGACGACUUUCAAAAGACCGAGAGGGCCGCCAAAGCCGCUCAGGUUAACCUGAGCGCGAAGCUAUCGAAGGAGGGCAAAUCACAAGGCGGGAAGGCUGGUUUCUCGGAGAUAUGGCGGUUGAUCAAGAUUGCGCGACCGGAGCUGCGGUGGCUCGGAAUCGCCAUGGUUUUCCUCGUCAUCUCGUCCAGCGUCACCAUGUCCAUUCCGUUCUCCAUCGGCAGAAUCCUCGACAUGGCUACCAAAGACCCUUCUGAGGAUGCGCGCUUAUUCGGACUGACUAUGCCGCAGUUCUUUACUGCUCUGGGCGUCAUUUUGACAGUUGGUGCCAUGGCCAACUUUGGACGAGUCAUCCUCCUGCGCAUUGUCGGCGAGAGAGUUGUCGCCCGCCUACGAUCGUCCCUGUACAGGAGAACAUAUGUUCAAGACGCCGAGUUCUUUGAUGCGAACCGAGUUGGAGAUCUCAUUUCACGCCUCAGCUCAGAUACUGUUAUUGUUGGCAAGUCCAUUACCCAGAACAUUAGCGAUGGUCUGAGAGCUCUGUUCAGCGGAGGGGCCGGCUUUUGUGUCAUGGUUUGGCUUAGCCCAAAGCUGACUGGACUACUCCUGAUCAUGUUGCCGCCCGUUGCUGUCGGCGCUUUCUUCUACGGACGCGCUAUCAGGAACGUGAGCAAGGGCAUUCAGAAGAACUUGGGCACAUUGACCAAAAUUGCUGAAGAGCGCCUCGGGAACGUGAAAACAAGUCAGGCGUUCGUUGGUGAGGUCCAAGAGGUCGCUCGCUAUAACAACCAGGUCAAGAAGAUAUUUGCUUUGGGAAAGAAGGAGUCUACGAUUGCAGCAACCUUUUUUGCCUCGACGGGCUGGGCCGGCAACAUGACCAUUCUCGCCAUGCUCAUUGUAGGCGGCAACUUCGUUCGCGACGGAGCUAUGAGUCUUGGGGACCUGACCUCUUUCAUGAUGUACACGGCUUUCGCAGGAUCCAGCUUGUUCGGUCUAUCGUCUUUCUAUUCCGAGCUCAUGAAGGGAGUUGGCGCUGCCAGUCGUUUAUUCGAGCUUCAGGAUAGAAAGCCCGGCAUCUCUCAGACGGUUGGGCUCAAGGUCAAGUCGGCACAAGGUCCUAUCAAAUUCUCAAAUGUUUCAUUUGCAUAUCCCACACGCCCGGCAGUCAAGAUAUUCAACGACCUAAACUUUGAGAUCCCUUGGGGUAGCAACGUUUGUGUAGUAGGACCGUCUGGUGGCGGUAAGUCGACUGUUGCUAGCCUGUUGCUGCGUUUCUACAAUCCUACCUCCGGCUCUAUUACUAUCAAUGGCGUCGACAUUUCAAAGAUGAACGUCAAGUCUUUGCGUCGUCGCAUCGGCAUGGUCGCGCAAGAGCCCGUCCUGUUCUCCGGCAGCAUUGCCGAAAAUAUCUCGUACGGUAAACCUAACGCCACACGAGCCGAAAUCAUCGCAGCAGCUCGUCAGGCAAACUGCAACUUCAUUAGCGAUCUUCCUGCCGGUUUGGAUACACAGGUUGGUGCCCGAGGCUCGCAGUUGUCUGGUGGCCAAAAGCAGCGGAUUGCCAUUGCACGAGCACUGAUCAAGGACCCCGACAUCCUCAUCCUUGAUGAAGCUACCUCGGCGUUGGACGCUGAGUCUGAGACGCUUGUUAACGCUGCUCUCGCCUCGUUACUCAAAGGCAAGAAUACGACCAUUUCGAUUGCGCACCGACUGUCAACCAUCAAGCGUUCCGACUUGAUCAUUGUGCUUUCCAACAACGGCGGCGUUGCCGAGAUUGGCAAGUAUACAGAUCUAUCGGCUGACCCGAACAGCGCGUUCAGCAAACUCAUGGAGUGGCAGAUGAGCGGUGGUGAAGUUCCCGAUUCUCGACCCGGCGACAGAGGCCAUAUCACAGAGUCGGAAGAGAUCGAGUCCGACCUUGAGCGAGAGGAUCCUGAGGAGGAUGCUGGGAUUCAGUCGCAUGAGGAAACCAAGGAGCAGACACCGCGGCGGUGA